GUCAACUAAAUCAUCUAUAUUAGAGUGAAAGUUUGUAAAGCCAACAGUUUGAUUGAAGUAUUUUUGUCUAAGAGGUGCAAAACAUACAAGAAGGAUGAAGGAAUCAGAGUUUUAUGAAUUGCUGCUAAGACUUUCUACUGCAAUCAGCAAAAAAAGUGAAAAGCAUGUAGACAUGCUGAGGGUUCUAUACACAGAUCUGGCAAAUAGUAAGACAGAAUUAGAGGAAGCUGAAUCUGCAUUUGGUUUAUUCCAAUUACUAAUAGCACCAGGUACUCUGAAGUCAACAGACAUUUCAGUAUUGUUUGAAACAAUUGAACUAACUGGAUUUAGAUAUUUAAAAGAGAUAAUUGAGAAGUAUGAAACAUAUCCAGUUGAUGUGAAGAUUACUAGAUUUUCAGGACAUCGUCAACAUGUUGUUGCUCUUGGAAGAGGCUUUUCAGUUAAGGAUGUCCAGAAAAUUAGUCAAUUAUACAGAGGCAACAUUGUUUUCCCUAAUCAAUGGAAGUUGAUAAUAGAUCUUGAAACAGAUGUUUUAACUGAAGAUAAAAUGUCAACAUUUCUUCAAUGUUUGAAGGAGAAUGAAGUAAACAAAGAUUUUAAUAAACUUCUUUUGGAACUCUCUGAGGCAAUCAGCAAGAAAGACAAAAAAUAUGUGGACUUGCUAAGAGUUCUGUACACAGAUUUUGCAAUUGCUAAAACAGACUUAGAGGAAGCUAAAUGUGCAUUUGAUUUAUUCCAAAUAUUAAUAGUAGCAGGAGCUUUGAAGCAAACAGACAUUUCUGUUUUGUUUGAAACAAUUGAACUAACUAGGUUGAGAUAUUUAAAGGAAAUAAUAGAAAAGUAUGAAGCAUAUCCAACAGUAGUGAAGAUCACUAGAUUUUCACCACAUCGCCAACAGCUGGUAGCUCUUGGAAGAGACCUUUCAGUUAAACAUCUCCAGACCGUUUGUCAGAUGUACGAAAUUCCAGUCAACAUAUCUACCAAUCCAUGGAAAGUAAUUACAUUUCUGGAAAAUGAAGAUAUCAUUUCAGGAGGCAACUUGUCAUUACUUCUCUUCAAUUUAAAAACUGUUGGUAGUGGAGAAGCAUCAACAACAAAAAGACAAAUGUUAGACAAAGGUAGUGGAAUGGUGUCAACAUCAAAAAGACACAAGUUAGAGCCAGGUAUGUACUGUGUACUCAAUAAAACAGUAUGUGAGAUUUUUAAGGUCUACUGAGCAACACCAAUGCGAUAAGUGGAAUGUGCUUGCAGUAAAAC